AUGGUAGCGCUGCCUGCAUUCAAGUUCGUCUUCCUGGCCAUCCGUCAGGUGUCGCGUCCUGUUGCAAAGAAGAUCGUCUCACGCGCGACCACGAAGCAGGCCCUGACGUACGGCGUGUGCAUUGGACUGGGCCGCAUCUCACUCGGUCUCUCCGGCGUUAUAUCGGAGUGGACGCGGGCGGAGGAGCAGAAGCAAAAGGAGGCGCGGCGCCGGUUAGAGGAGGACAACGCCAAAGCAGCGCAGGCUGUCAAUGCGAAUGCCGCGACGAACGUAGCGGGGGCAACCAUGGGCAUGAUGGGCAAGGCAUCGACGACAGCAAGAGGCAGCGAGGCAAUCGCCACUGCGGGAUCGAGUCGCGGCACCACAUCCGCAGUGAGCUCCUCAGCGAAGGCGCAGGCGACUGGAACCGCAGAGACACACGCGGCAGCUACGGCAAAGUCAGCUGCGACGCCGGCAACCGUCAUACCUCGGUCGCGAUCGCUGCUGCAGAGCAUCGUCUACGGCCCGCAGCCAAAGGGCGGGGUGGUGGACACGUACGACAGCACCAUAUUUCUCGAUGCCUCGCGCACCGUCGGCGAGGCAGCCCGCGUCUUUAUCCGCUACCCGUCCCGCAGUGCGUGGGAUGUGUUCCGUCAGACAUUUUUGGCCCCCUUCCCUGAAGAGCGACUAGUUGCGGCUGGCGCCGACCUCCUCAUUGAACUGGUGGCGUACACAGUGCUGUGCACAUUGCUUGUCGUCGAGCUUUACCAGCAGUCCCGCAUAUCGGCAGCCAAAGAGGCUCAUAUGCAGGCCCGCCUUGGGGCAAUCGAAUCGAAGGUGAAUGAGCUGGUGGAGUACAGCAAUAGCACAACCUUCUUCCCACCCGUGCGCGAGUUGCCCCCAGUGCGAGAACUUCGCGUGACAGGGCGCCUCAAUGCCCUCUGGGGCGCCGUCGCAGGCGGUGCCAGCUUUGUUGGUAGUGCUCUAAGCGGAAAUAGCGACGGCAGCGACAAGGGCGGCGAAAGCCUCGUAGCUCAAGAGCGUGGGCGACUGGCACAGAGUGGCAAGGCUGUCGUUCCGCAGCGCAAGAACGGCUCCAACGUGGCGUAUGCCCCGCCGAGGGACCCAACAGUGAAGGUGAGCAAGCACGAUGAGACAACUCUCCUGCAAGAGGAGCUGGAUCAACUCAUGCGCAAUGUCAUCCAAGCGGAGAAGCGGGUGUAG